AUGGAGAGCAGCCAGCAACACUCGGAUCUGCCGACCCAGCUAUUGAUGGCGCUGGGGCAGAUGCUGGAGGGGAUGGCAGCUAUGCAGCGGGACCAGUCAGAGGCAAACCGGCAACUAUUGGGGGCACUCCUGGCCCAGGCAGAGAGGCAGAUGAAAGCCCUGGACCGGCUCGCCGCCCGGACAGCUGCGACUCCACCAAACCCUUCACCCUUGGCGGGGGUGGAGGUCACGAAGAUGACGACGGCAGACAACGUUCAAUCGUUUCUGGAGACGUUUGAGGUGACGGCGGAGGCGUGUGGCUGGCCUGCGGUGGAGUGGGCGGUCCGUCUACUGCCUCUUCUCACCGGGGAGGCGCAGACAGCGGCGCUGUCGCUAUCCCCGGCAGCGCGGCACAAUUACGCGGCCGUGCGUAAAGCCGUCAUCGAUCGGCUGGGACUGACUCCGCAGGACCACCAGCGGAGGUUCCGGGAGGCAACGCUGGGACCCAAGGACCGGCCGUUUACCUAUGCACACCAGCUGAAGGACGCCGCCACCAGAUGGUUGCAGCCCGGGAACUCCGGAGGGGCGCAGGCGGCGGUGGAGAAGGUCGUCAGGGAGCAGUUUGUGGAGGGGCUGCCGACCGGAACAGCAGAGUGGGUCCGCUGUCACGGCCCCACGUCGCUGGAGGCCGCCAUUGCACUGGCGGAGGACCACCUGGCGGUACACCCCGGCGGGCAGGUCGACAGCUCACUGGCUCCGGACAGUCCGACGCGGCCACUGACGCGACCCAUACAGGCCCCAGCAAACACCGGCACCCUUCCCAACCCACAGACCGAUGCGUCGAACAGAGGGCUGGGGGCCGUUUUGUCCCAGCAGGUAGAGGGGUUUGACCGCCCCGUGCUGUACAUCAGCCGCAAGCUGUCGGAGAGGGAGCGCAGGUACAGCACGGUGGAGAAGGAGUGCCUCGCCAUCCGGUGGGCGGUCGACUCCCUGCGCUACUACCUCCUGGGACGCUCAUUCACCCUCUGGUCGGACCACGCCCCGCUCCAAUGGCUCCACCGCAUGAAAGAUACCAACGCCCGAAUCACUCGGUGGUAUCUGGCUUUACAGCCUUUUAAUUUCAAAGUGAUCCAUAGGCCGGGGACACAGAUGGUCGUGGCCGACUUCCUCUCCCGCUCUCAUGGGGGGGAGGGGGAGUAGGUUAGGCCGGAUGUUGCCCCGGCCUAAGUCGGGCGGUGGAGGUAUGUGGCAGGGGGGUGUGUGUAAGCUCGGCUGCAGAGUGGGUGGAGCGGGGGUGUGGUUCAGGGAACGGUGUCUGAUUGUCAUCAGCUGGUCUGAGGACAAUCAGACCAGCUGAUGACAAUCUGUGGGGGUGUA